AUGAUUCGAUACUCCAUCCCCAUCAGACGCAUCAGGCUAGAAUCAAAGCUACCAUCAACGCCACAUAGGCACAAAGCCCAGCAAUCGCUCUUGGGUUCCACAAUCGUCGAAGUACAAAUCUGCAAUCAAAUCAAGCAACACCGCAAGCACGUCGUUGACAUCUCGCUGAAUCUGCUUGAGCGUUAUGCGCCAGAGGUUGUCCACUUGAUUGAGGCCAACCCACAUAAUGACAAGGUCACGCUUCCCCUCUGUUUGAAUUCCCUCGAACACUCGAACGAAAUUGAGGUUCCUGCUCUAACCAGUCUCUUCGCUCAUUGGAGUGCCGAUACUACUCCGAACAUCCCCUCUAUCGGCGAAACCGUCCUCCACUACUGCGUCCUUCGACUCCUCAACAACCGCGAAGCUCUAUACGUCCGCGAUGACAUCAUGUCACGCCUUGAAGCUGAGCCACUCAACGAGAUCGAUGUCCAAAGUAUCUGGUGGGGGCUCCAGGAAACAUACGAGUUUCAUGAAUGGGUCGACGCAAUGUUGUACAAUCUCGCGCACUUCGACGUGCUCAACAAGCAGCCGGUGGGUGGAUAUAUUGAGUUGUUCAUUGAGACUGAGCUUCUGGGAUUGAGUGAUCAGGCCCAUGCACGUGUGGCUUCGACUUACCGUCGGUAUCGAGAUGCUAUCAAGCCCACCAAGGCCCCUUCCCUCUUACGUCGGGCUACUCGCCACGUCUUUCGCACUCACGCAUAA